AGGCCUAAAGUUUGACAUCUGGUUCACAGACAGACUGAACAUCUUGCCAACUUGCAUGCAAACAUGUUGGGUGCCCGUCAGUUUAUCAGGAAUUUCUCAACAUCUAAGGUAUCAUGGGAUAAACUGAAAAUUGCUCUGAUUGGGCAGAGUCAGUUUGGUGCUGAGGUGUAUAAAGUUCUCAAACAGAAGCAUGAAAUAGUUGGUGUAUUCACAAUACCUGAUAUACAAGGAAGGGCCGACCCUUUAGCUCAAACUGCUGAAAGUGAUGGCAUUAGUGUCUUUAAAUUUCCAAGAUGGCGUAAAAAGGGCCAAGUUCUCCCAGAAGUCCUUGAGCAGUACCAAUCUGUGGGUGCGAACCUCAACGUGAUGCCCUUCUGUUCCCAGUUCAUCCCUAUGGAAGUGAUUACAAAUCCCAAACAUGAGUCCAUCAUAUACCACCCUUCCAUAUUGCCACGACAUAGAGGUGCUUCGGCUAUAAAUUGGACACUGAUCUGCGGUGAUAAAAAAGCUGGCUUCAGUAUAUUUUGGGCGGAUGAUGGGCUUGACACGGGUCCUUUGUUGUUGCAACGAGAGUGUGAUGUCACACCAGAAGACACUGUUGACACAUUAUACAAUAGAUUCCUUUACCCAGAAGGCAUCAAAGCUAUGGGGGAGGCUGUGGACAUGAUAGCAGAUGGCACAGCCCCAAGAGUUGUACAGACAGAGGAUGGAGCAACAUAUGACCCAAUGAUGAAGAAGAAAGUUGCAGAGAUCAGUUGGGAUCAAACAGCUGAAAGUAUACAUAAUUUUAUUCGUGGUAAUGAUAAAGUUCCCGGUGCAUGGGCCAUGGUAGAUGGCCAGGAGAUGACAUUUUAUGGAUCCAAACUUUGGUCUGGAUCGAAACCAGAUGGCAGCACAGUAGACAUUCCAGGCAUGACUAGUCAAGCAAUAGUACACAAUGAUGGACUGGUCCUUUUUGGGACAGAUGGUAAAAUGGUAAAUGUUGGGCAGUUACAGAUUGAUGGCAAGAUGAUAAAGGCCAGCAAGUAUGGACAAGCUGGCGAUGAUGUACAGCUAGAACUCACAGAAGAGGAACUUGCUAUGGCUGAUACUAUUAAAACUAUUUGGAUGGGAAUAUUAAGCAGGGAGGAUAUACAGGAUGACACUGACCUCUUCAAAUGUGGAGCAGGCUCCAUGGAUGUUGUCAGAUUAAUUGAAGAAAUCAAAGAAAAGUGCAAUGGGUUGCAGCUACAGAAUGAUGAUGUUUACAUGGCAACUACAUUCGCUGAGUUUAUUCAAAUGGCUGUGUUUCAAUCGAGGGGUGGUGGAAAGAAAGAAUUUAUCUUUGAUGCAGUGCAUACACAGUCAAACAACAUGGACCUCACAAUACCAUAUCAGUUAUUUAUCAAUAAUGAGUUUGUUGAUGCCUCAAAUGGGGACACAUUUGAGACAAUCAAUCCAGCUGAUGAGUCAGUGAUCUGUAAAGUCAGUAAAGGGACCAAAGAUGAUGUUAACAGAGCCGUGCAGUGUGCUAAGGAAGCUUUCUAUGAUGGAGAAUGGGGGAAAAUGAAUGCUAGAGAUCGAGGCACCAUGAUGUUCAGACUUGCAGAUCUGAUGGAUGAACAUAAAGAAGAACUUGCUACACUGGAGUCCAUUGACAGUGGUGCUGUAUAUACCCUAGCUCUCAAGACACAUAUAGGCAUGUCUAUCGAUACAUUCCGAUACUUUGCAGGCUGGUGUGAUAAAAUUCAGGGAAAAACCAUUCCAAUCAACAAUGCUCGACCUAACAAAAACCUGACCUACACGAAAAGGGAACCAAUAGGGGUAUGUGGUAUAAUAACUCCAUGGAACUACCCUCUGAUGAUGUUAGCAUGGAAGAUGGCUGCCUGUCUCGCUGCAGGGAACACUGUUGUUUUAAAACCUGCUCAAGUCACGCCUCUUACGUCAUUGAAGUUUGCAGAGCUAGCAGCCAAAGCUGGUUUUCCACCUGGUGUCAUAAAUAUAAUAACCGGCUCAGGGUCAGUGGUAGGCCAGGCUAUGGCAGAGCACAUUGAUAUACGUAAACUUGGUUUCACUGGCUCAACGCCUGUAGGGAGGACUAUCAUGGCAAGUUCCUCUGCAAAUGUCAAGAAAAUCUCAUUAGAGUUGGGAGGAAAGUCUCCCCUCAUCAUCUUUAAUGAUUGCGACAUGGCAAAAGCUGUUAGAAUGGGCUGUGGAGGUGUGUUCUUUAACAAGGGAGAAAAUUGCAUAGCAGCUGGGAGAAUAUUUGUGGAGGAAUCUAUUCAUGAUGAAUAUGUGGCCAGAGUAAUUGAGGAAAUAAAGAAGAUGAAAAUAGGAGAUCCUCUUGAUAGAUCAGUUGACCAUGGACCUCAAAAUCACAGGGCUCAUUUACAGAGUCUGUUGGAUUAUGUCAGGGUGGGUGUUGAGCAGGGAGCUACAUUGGCGUAUGGAGGCAAACAGGUGGACAGACCAGGUCUCUUCAUGGAGCCUACAGUAUUUACAGAUGUUGAGGAUAAUAACUUCAUAGCGAUAGAGGAAUCAUUUGGACCAAUCAUGUGCAUCUCAAAGUUUCAAGAUGGAGAUAUGGAGGGUGUAUUGAGAAGAGCCAACAACACUGAGUAUGGACUGGCAUCUGGAGUGUUCACAGAGAACCUAAGUAAAGCACUGCGAGUGGCUGAUGGGAUUGAAGCGGGUACAGUGUUUGUGAACACAUACAACAAAACUGACGUUGCAUCUCCAUUCGGUGGCUUUAAGCAGUCAGGAUUUGGAAAAGAUCUGGGAGAAGAAGCACUGAAUGAGUAUAUGAAGACCAAGGCAGUCACUGUAGAAUACUGAGUGUAGUAGAACACUCAUGUUACAACAUAUAACAAGGAAUUUAAACUGACAAAUAUCAGAUGACUUAUGUAUGCUUUUAUUGUCGCUGUUGAAGUGGCAGCUCAGGUCGUUCAGAAUUCCAACUCUUAUUCUUAGUAUAUUUAUUUUAUCUUUUUAUGUCACCACCACAAGU